CGCGGACUUGUACCAAGUUCCUGGAACCAUGUUGCGCGGGCGACGCACGGGGCGGCGCCGUUCCCUUGUUCGCCAUAGUUGCGCUGGAGCUGGGAGCAUCGAACGUACUUAACAGUACUGCAAAGGCACCUGAAAACACUACUACACACAUUAUAAAGACAUGGCUGAGGAUGAGGUGACUCCAGAGCAGCUAGCAGCCAUCGCCGCUGAAAAUGAGGAGCCAGAGCCGGUGAACUACAAGCCACCAGCCCAAAAGACGGUGAAGGAGAUCCAUGACCUGGAUAAGGAUGAUGAGAGUCUACGGAAAUAUAAGGAAGCCCUGCUUGGCCCUGGGGUCUCUGAGGCCGAUCCCUCUGUUCCCAAUGUCCAAGUGACCAAGAUGACUCUGAUCUGUGAGGGUGCCCCAAACCCCCUGGUCCUGGACUUGCAAGGAGACCUGGAAGCCUUUAAGAAGCAGGCCUUUGUUCUGAAGGAGGGGGUUGAAUACAAAAUAAAGAUCAGCUUUAAGGUGAACAGGGAGAUAGUUUCUGGCCUGAAGUAUGUGCAGCAGACGUACAGGAAAGGAAUGAGGAUUGAUAAGACAGACUACAUGGUGGGCAGCUACGGGCCUCGUCCAGCUGAAUAUGACUUCCUGACCACUUUGGAGGAGGCUCCUAAAGGUCUUGUGGCCCGGGGCAACUACGUAAUCAAAUCCAAGUUUACUGACGACGACAAGCACGACCACCUGUCUUGGGAGUGGAACCUCAACAUCAAGAAGGACUGGAAAGACUAAAAGAGGCCUUUGUGUUAGGGGGCGAAGGAAUCAAAAUCCCCAAGCCCUGUGCGUUCCUCACCACCCCCCCCCCAGCCCCCGUACCAUGUCCACCAUUUCUGCCUUCUUUGUUUUUACCUUGUCAUGCAUUUCAUGCUCUCAUGCCUUAGUUCC